AUGUUCAAUUUCAUAAAGGAUUUUUUAUUGGAUAGAUCAUUCCAAAUCCUCGGAAUUACCUUCGACAACAAGAAUACAUGGCAGGCCCACUUGAAAGAAAUUAGAAAAGCAACUCUAAUAAAAUUGAACAUCAUCAAAUCAUUAGCUCACACCUCGUGGGGAGCAAGCGGAACCACAUUUAAACAAAUAUAUAAAUCUCUCAUUUUAUCUAAAUUAGAAUAUGGUGCUUUCAUUUACAUUGACGCUAAACAAUCUGCACUCAAAAUGAUAGAGACUAUUCAUAACUCAUUUCUAAGACUUGCCACAGGUGCAUUCCGUUCCAGCCCUAUCUCAAGAAUUCUCAAUAUUGCAAACACACUUCCUCUUGACCUAAGGAGAAUGCAAAACUCCACACUUCAAAAAGCUAGAAGAAUACAUAAUAACACUACCCCCAACUUAGAAAAUACAAUAAAGCUCAACAACUUCAAGUUCAAUUGUUCAGAAGUACUUAAACAUGAGCAUGCUAUCACUCCUCCUUGGGUGAUGGAAAUUCACUCUAAUACUGAUCUUUCUCAACACAUCAAAAGUGAGACUAUGGACUAUACUUUUAGAAAUCUGACACUUUCAUUACUUGAAGACUAUCAGGAUUACAUCAAGUUUUACACCGACGGUUCCAAAACUGAAGCAGGAGUUGGGGCAUCGGUAUACUUCAACAAUACACCAAAAAUGAUCAAAUUUCCUAACUUCUAUUCAAUCUACACAGCAGAAGCUUAUGCGAUUUAUCACGCACUUGAAACAAUUCAACAACUCAAAAUUGAUAAAGCGCUCAUAUUAAGUGACUCUCAUAGUACUAUCAACAGCAUACGCAACAUAAACCAACCCAAUGCCAUAUCCAGAAUGAUUCAAAAUCAAAUUUCCCUCCUAAAUCACAACAAUCAAAACGUGUCACUGGUAUGGAUUCCUAGCCAUGUCGGAAUCCCUGGCAACGAAACAGCAGACACCUACGCUAAAAGAGCCAUAACCUCACCCGAAGCCUCCUUAGUGCAAAUCUGCUCCCUGGGCGAUAUCAAGGGAGUAUUACGGUCCCUGACGCUGCAACAGUGGCAGCAUCGUUGGACAUCAUCACUCACAAAAUUAAAUGUAAUCAAACCUUCCAUCAACCCUUGGCCAACACUCACCACCAAGAGAUGUCAUGAAGUCAUAGUCAACCGACAAAGAAUCGGCCAUACGUGGCUUACACAUAACUUCCUCAUUAGACAUGAAGAUCCAACCCAAUGCACAACCUGCGGGGAAAUCAUCACCCAAACAAAACUGUACAACCUUAUUUGA